UCUCUCUCUCUCUCUCUCUCUCUCUCUCUCCUGGCGAGAGAGAACCAUGGGAGCGUGCGCCACGAAGGCCAGAGCCGACGGGGACGCGUCCCCGCCGCUGGAGCAGCCGGCCGCCCCGCCGGAUCACCAGGUGAAAGAUGGUGGAGGAGGGCGGGAGGUUCAGCGGGGGCCGGGGCAACCGGAGGAGAACCGGCGGAGAUCUCUCAGUGACUUGUUCCAGAAUGAAGAGCCGAGCAGUUCCUCUGAGACUGCUAAGAACAUUCUAUCGGAGACUGUGUUACCAAAGGAAGAAGUGAUCGAGUGCAAGGCAUCGAAAGAGGCAGUGGUGCAAGAAACAGAUGAACAACCUACGCAGAUUUCUAAAGCCGAAGCCGCUCAAGCUAUCACGACUGCUACCCCACGGGAGACUUCUGUUCCUUCUACGGCGGCAGAUUCCGUAGCAAGCGUAGCAAAUGCAGUAGCAUUGGGUUCAGAAACUAAAGCCCAAGUCGAAACUGCUAAGGUGUAGGCAACAGAUUCCAGUGUCACAGAAGGUAGUCCAGAUGCAGAGGAGAAGACGACAGAUGCAUGAUUGCCUGUUUACUGAUUGCCACAAUUUACACCGACAUGGUUUACAGGUAAACAUGGCUGAUCUGAUGGAAUUA